AUGCCCGUCUUUGGAAUCAACCAAGUCAGCAAGCUGGCUCCUCUGACGGCUGAUACCCUCGACCCAGAUGUGUUCAACCCGCUCAUCCCCUGCGUGGCCCAGCAAGCAAUCACCCGGUCACCAAUCCGUCUCCCAUGGCAAGCUCGCGUUCUCCCCUUGGGAAUGUUCUUCCGAUCAGCCGCCACGGCCAAUGGCAAGAAUCCAUUCGCCAUGCAGUCGGCAUUCGACACAGACUCUCUUGUCUCGGCGCCGAUACAGUUCACGGCAGAUGAUGCCAGUGGCAGCUUCAGGUCUUCAGAAGUAAUGAGCUCGUCCGCAUCAACAGACCACCUCAGCGUUGGCGCCGGCGUUGGUGUCGAUCUGCCCUUUCUCGAAGCCAGCGUCUCGGUACAGUUUGACAAGGACGUCAUGGAAAACAGGGACUCAAACAAGGCCUCGAUCACCACGAGCUACCGCGCCGGCACGGUGGCCUUUGUGCGUCCGCCAGAACUCUCGGCAGAUGCCUUUGAUGUGCUGCGUCGCAAGGGCAUUGAUGGGUUUCACGCCAUCUAUGGUGAUUUCUACGUGGGUGGCUACAGGAUCGGGGGCGAUGCCUCGGUCCUCUUCAGCACCGAUGUGAGCUCCCGUAGUGUGACGGAGACAAAAAGGGUCAAAAUCGAUGUGGAAUCAUGGUUUGGUGACUACCAUGAGCAGUCGGCAACAAGGUCAUUCAGAACGGAGCGCUCGAGAGUAGUCCGUGUAAGUGCCUACUCGACGAUUGAGCAAGCUCUCAUCUCAGAGGCGGUUCAGAUGGACACGCCCGAGUUCCAGGCUGCCAUCGAGAAAGGCAGAGGCAUAUACCAACGCGCUAAAGGACUGGAUGACUCCAUCACCAAGGUUCUCAAGGACAUCGGGGUGAGCAAGGGCAGGCUGGUGACUCGGGAGCAGUGCGCGCAGCUGUGUUCACGAGCGGUUGUUGUCGAGCUUUUGCUGGUGCCGGUGGAAUGUUUGCGUCAGGUUCGCUAUUGGACAAUUGCACUGUAA